ACUAAAUUAGGUGGGGGUAGUUAUAAAAUUCCGGCCGCCCUACGUUAAUGUUAAUUUUCGCCAAAGUUCAUCUACAUUAUGGGUUAAUACUUUAAUUACAGCCAGCAACGGUAUCCACACUCAGAAAAUAGAAACAAAUUUACAAAUCUUCAAAUGAGAAACAUUUGAGUACUCAUCUGUGCGAGCCAGUCAGGUGAUGGAAACAAUAUAGUGUCAAAGUAACCUGUUAAAUAUGCUCAAAAUGCUUAAGUUUACAUACGUAUAAUUUUUGAAUUGCUUGAUUGCUAAAAUUAAGACUUCCAUUUUCAGAUUCUGCGCAUUGAAAACUAUUAAAUAGCAAUAAAAAAAGCAAUCAUUCUGUGUCCACUAAGGCUAACUUUAACAUUUAAUUUUGAACGUUAACCUUACACACAUUUGUACACGAAUAAUUUUAUUCUAAUAUUUCGAGAAUAUUAUUUUAACAAUUUCGCAAAGAUGGAGAACUGGAUAAACGAAAAUUUAUCAAAAAUUUUAGAUUUUCCAGUACCAAAGGAGAUGGCCGAAUUCCUAAUGAAAAUAGAAAACGAAAGGGAUUUGGAUGAUUACUUGCAAUCUUUUUUAGAUUAUACUAAUGGAAAGCACAGACAAUUUAUUUCAGACUUCAAAAAACGACAAGCUUCAAGCAAAGAUCAAGCCAAAUAUAAGAAAGAAAAUGAUAUGAAUAAUGGAAAGAAAAAGCAAAAUGAAAAAAAGAAAGGAAAAGUGAAAGGAAAAGAGACCAAAGAAAAUAAACAGGUGCAAGAAACUAUAAAAGUAGAUAAAGUGGAAAGAAAGAAAACUAAAUUUGUCAAUAUAUAUUCUCAAGAUGGCAAUGAGAGAGAAAUUUUAUUAAAAGGUAGAUACAAGUGUAAUUGCGAAGCAAAGAGACAUGCAUUGAUUAGUAACUGCCUCAAUUGUGGUAGAAUAGUCUGUGCUCAAGAAGGAGCUGGUCCUUGCUUUUUCUGCGAAGAACUUGUAUGUUCUGAGAAAGAGCUAACUAUUCUUUCUAGUAAUACUAAACAAGCUGAUCAGUUAUACAAUAAAUUGAUGAACCAAAAAGCUAACAAAAAUCUGGAAGAAUCAAUAAAACAAAGAGAUAGACUUCUCGAAUAUGAUCGUGAUGGAAUACAAUGCACGAAAGUAAUUGAUGAUGAAUGUGACUAUUAUCAAUCAAACAAUACAUGGUUAACAGAAAAGCAACGAGAAAAGUUACAGAAGUUGGAAGAAGAAAUGCAUGAAAGGAAGCAUAUGUCUCAUUUAAAGAGAAAAAUCUACGCAACUAUUGAUUUCACAGGAAGAGAGAUAAUUGAAGAGAAACAAACUGAGGAUUUUGAAGAAUUCAAUGAAGAACAUUUGCAAGAUAUAUCUGAAUCAUUUAGUGGAAUAGAAAAUAGUAAUAGUUGCCCAAAUAUAGAAUUUACUCGCCCCAAGUAUGUGAAAUCACAUGAAUUGGAAUUGCGAACAUCAAAAAUGAACAUUUCUUCUAACAUACGAAAUAUUAUUCAAGACAAAGAGUAUUUAGAAAUGUCUGAUCUUGGCUUAUGUUUGAGCAUGCACCAACCUUAUGCAUCUUUAUUAGUGGCUGGAAUAAAAGUUCAUGAAGGUCGUACAUGGUACUCAUCACAUAGAGGAAGAUUAUGGAUUGCUGCAGCAUCUAAAAUACCAACUAAGGAGGAAAUUUCAACUGUAGAACAAUAUUACCGUGUUUUAAAAAAUGAAAAAAUAAUGUUUCCUGAAGUUUAUUCAACUGGUUGUCUAUUAGGAUGUGUAACAGUUACUGAUGUUUUACCACAAGAGGAAUAUAGGAAAUCUUACCCAGAUGGAGAAAGUGAUAGUCCUUAUGUUUUUAUAUGCGAAAAUUUUGUUGCAUUGCCAAUUAAAUUUCCGAUACAAGGAAAGCAUAAAAUUUAUAAAUUAGACCAGAAAAUCCAUCAUGCUGCUUUAAAGAUGCUAGAUAAAUGUACAAAAAAUAUAAGUUAAAUAUACAAUAAGUUAAAUAUACAAAGUAGUAUAUUUGUUAUUGUUCCA